GACCCAGAGGCCAGCUGUCUCUCUUAAUUCCGCCCAGCACUUGGGUACCUGCUUUCUCUGGGGCAGCUACAUCCUACUUCUCUGGCCAUGCAGUGGCUGUGGCCCCUGGCUGUCUCUCUUGCUGUGGUAUUGGCUGUGGAGCCAAGCAGGGUCUCUGGGGCUGCCUCCUCACCCUUGGGUGGGCAUAGAGCCAAGGCCCAGGAGCAGCAGAACCGACCCCGGAGAGGCACCAAGGAUGAGGGGCCCAAGGAAGUGCAGCACUAUGUGCCUGAGGAAUGGGCUGAGUACCCCCGGCUCAUCCGCCCUGCUGGCCUGCAGCCCACCAAGCCCUUGAUGGCUACCAGCUCCAAUCCAGACAAGGAUGGGGUCACCCCAGAUAGUGGGCAGGAGCUGAGGGGCAACCUGACAGGGACUCCAAGUCAGAGGCUGCAGAUUCAGAACCCCUUGUAUCCAGUGACAGAGAGCUCUUACAGUGCCUAUGCCAUCAUGCUCCUGGCUCUGGUGGUUUUUGCUGUGGGUAUCGUGGGUAAUCUGUCUGUCAUGUGCAUCGUGUGGCACAGCUACUACUUGAAGAGUGCUUGGAACUCCAUCCUUGCCAGCCUGGCCCUCUGGGAUUUCCUGGUCCUUUUCUUCUGCCUCCCUGUUGUCAUCUUCAACGAGAUCACCAAGCAGAGGCUGCUGGGGGACAUUUCUUGCCGGGCCGUCCCCUUCAUGGAGAUCUCCUCCUUGGGAGUCACAACCUUUAGCCUCUGUGCCCUGGGCAUAGACCGCUUCCACGUGGCCACCAGCACCUUGCCCAAGGUGAGGCCCAUUGAGCGCUGCCAGUCAAUCCUGGCCAAACUGGCUGUUAUCUGGGUGGGCUCCAUGAUGCUGGCUGUGCCUGAACUCCUGCUCUGGCAGCUAACACAGGAACCUGCCUCCACCAUGGGCACAGUGGACUCAUGUAUCAUGAAACCUUCAGCCAACCUGCCUGAGUCCCUCUAUUCACUAGUGAUGACUUACCAGAAUGCCCGUAUGUGGUGGUACUUUGGCUGCUACUUCUGCCUGCCCAUCCUCUUCACCGUCACCUGUCAGCUGGUGACAUGGCGAGUGCGGGGCCCACCAGGCAGGAAACCCGAGUGCCGGGCAGGCAAGCAUGAGCAGUGUGAGAGCCAGCUCAACAGCACCGUGGUAGGCCUGACUGUGGUCUAUGCCUUCUGUACACUUCCUGAAAACGUCUGCAACAUCGUGGUGGCCUACCUCUCCACCGAGCUCACACGCCAGACCCUGGAUCUCCUGGGCCUCAUCAAUCAGUUCUCCACCUUCUUCAAGGGCGCCAUCACCCCUGUACUCCUCCUGUGCAUCUGUAGGCCAUUGGGCCAGGCCUUCCUGGAUUGCUGCUGCUGUUGCUGCUGUGAAGAAUGUGGUGGAACCUCAGAGGCCUCUGCCACUGAUGGCUCAGACAGCAAGCUCAAGACAGAAGUGUCCUCCUCCAUCUACUUCCAUAAGCCCAGGGAGUCACCCCCACUCUUGCCCCUGGGUACACCUUGCUGAGUCUAGGCAUGAGCAAUCUGGGGUCAUAGGAGCAGGGGCAGAACAAGCAGUGGGAGUGGGGGGUACCAUCUCAACUCUUCCCCAAUAUAUCUUACUUUGCCUCCCAUCUUGCUGUUUAGAGAUGGACUUGGCUCAUUCUGUUUAAGUUUGGGCUUAGCAAAACCCUAUCAGCAAACAAGGUUAUUCUUAUACUCUGAGGGGCCUGCCAGCCUUGUUCUUUCCACUGGUGGGUGGCAAUCUCUCUAGGUCCUUAGAGCUGCCCAGACUCUCAGUCCAGCUGGAAGGGAGCCAGGACUUACGUGGUCUCCCUUCUCUUCAGCCUUGGACCUGCCUAUAUGUUAGUCGAGCCCCUUUCCAAGCAUCACUUCCCUAUUCCCAUCCAGACCCUGUCCUGGAGCAGGGGCUUCUUGGAGACGAGUCCCACCAAGCUCAGCAUCCUACUCUUUAGACUGGGUCUGUCUCAGCUCUGGAAGCUUCCUCCCUUCUUCCAGAGGAUUCUUUCACUGCUGUCCUCCUUUCUCUGAGGUACCCAUGAUUGCCUUAUCCAACUGUCCCCACCCCGACUCCCGUUAGGUGCUUUCCUAAAGAAGUCCCUUCUGGAAAAACAAUAAACUAGGUAGCAAUAUCCCUGUGCCCACUGCACUUUCUUGUGCUGUGCCUGGCAGUGUCCAGGCACCCACCUGGGCCUUUCCCAGGGUUGGGCAGUGCCCUAGGCCUGGGCCUAUGGUUAUUGUCUUCCCUGGGAGGUUCCAAGGACAUUACAGCUUUUGAGACAGAGAAAAGGGAGGGCUUGGGGAGCUAGGGACUAAAUCCUUACCCAGAGCUAAACCCAGCUGGCCCUGGGAAGUCAGCCCACUUGUCUCUAGAGCCCCCACCUCCGUACCCUCUCUCCACAAAGCCCCCAUUUGAGGGAAUCCAGAGGCCUUCCCCUCAUGAGCCACGGGGCUUCCCAGCCUCCCUCACUCUAACAGUGGCUCUUGUUCAGUUUCUUAGAAUGAGCUGUUUGGUCCUCAGAUGGCCCAGCUGUCUGUCCCUUGCCUACUCCCACCACCCCCACCAUACCCUUCCCAGCAGGCCCUGUAGCUCCUCCCACUGGUCCCUGUCUUUGAAGUCAUUUCCCCCAGCUCCACCCCUGAGGCCCUUCCUAAGGACCCCUAAUCCUGCUGAUCCCUAAGAACCUGAGAUAUCAGUCAGAAGUGAAGUGCAGCCCAGCCCACUGGUGUCCUCCUUUUGUUGUUUUGUUUAUUUUGUUUGUUUUGGGACAGGGUCUCACUGUGUAGCCCUGGCUG